CUGGGCGCCGCAGCGCGGGGUUUGAAGAGGCGCUAGCGGGGCUGCAGCGGCCAGAGGGACAAUACCCCCAAACACAACCCCCCAAAAGCAUCUGCCCCGUCCCAGGAAAAGGCCCCGGCCGGCUGCAGCGCGGAUGCUGUGAAGGGGCGGGUGAAGGAGCAGCCUCUGCCUGCCUUCAGGGGCACGGGGCGGGGGCCAGGCCAGCCCGGCUGCACUCGCCCUCCCCGGGGGGCGGACAAACCCUCCUCACAUGAUGUGGCCGGGCCGGGCCGGGCCGGGCCAGGCCCCUGCUCCCCCUGCCCACUCCUCCUCCGCGCACUGCGGCUCCGGGAUGCAGGGAGGCUGCGGCCGGCGCUGGAGGAGCCGCGCGGGGCCGGCGCUGUUGCUGUUGCUGUUGCUGCUGCUGCCGGGGGCUGCCCGGGGCGCAGAAAAUGAAACGCAGUGUGUCCUCCCUCCAUCGUCAGAAUUUCCUGAAGGGUUUUUUACUCGACAGGAGAGAGAGGAUGGAGGAAUCGUUAUCUAUUUCAUAAUUGUACUGUACAUGUUCAUGGCGGUAUCCAUCGUAUGUGACAGUUACUUCCUACCUUCCCUCGAGAUCAUCAGUGAAUCCCUUGGCCUCUCUCAGGAUGUUGCUGGAGCAACUUUUAUGGCAGCUGGUAGCUCUGCUCCUGAAUUAGUCACGGCUUUUUUGGGAGUGUUUGUGACAAAGGGAGAUAUUGGAGUGAGCACUAUCCUUGGAUCAGCAAUCUAUAACCUUCUUGGUAUCUGUGCAGCUUGUGGACUGUUAUCUAGCAUGGCUUCACGUCUAUCCUGUUGGCCACUGUUCAGAGACUGCCUGGCAUAUACAGUUAGUGCAGCAGCAGUCCUUGCAAUGAUAUUUGACAACAGAAUUUACUGGUAUGAAGGCGCUUUCUUGUUGUUGAUAUAUGGAUGUUACAUUCUGGUGCUGUGUUUUGACAUUCAAAUUAAUCAGUAUAUUAUGAAGAAGUUUAGCCCCUGCUGCACCUGUUUUGCAAACUCCGUGGAAGAGAAUGCUGAGCAACAGCCACUGACUGGGUGGAAGGAAGAGAGUCAGCCACUAAUUCGUCGACAGUCGAGAACAGAUAGUGGAAUUUUUCAAGAUGAAUCAGAUUACUCUCAACUUUCUAUAAGUUUACAUGGGCUUGAUAUUCCUGAAGAUCCUUCAAGUGUCUUCACCAUGCCUGAAGCAGAUAUGAAGAGAAUUCUCUGGGUAUUAUCCCUUCCUAUUAUUAUACUUCUCUAUUUGACCAUACCAGAUUGUAGAAGACAGUUUUGGAAGAACUGGUUCAUGGUGACAUUUUUCAUGUCAGCAGCAUGGAUUUCUGCAUUCACAUACGUCCUUGUAUGGAUGGUAACAAUUGUGGGUGAAACACUGGGGAUUCCAGAGACAGUAAUGGGCCUUACAUUAUUAGCAGCAGGGACAAGCAUACCAGACACGGUUGCAAGUGUGCUUGUGGCUAGGAAAGGUGACUUAUCACGUGGACAUAGGGGAAGAGAGCGACGCUGUAUACCUCGACUUUAAAAGAAGCCUUUGAUCAGGUAUCCCACGAUCACCUUGUGGCUAAACUGGCUAACUGCGGACUUAACGUUACCACGAUCUGCUGGCUGGGGAACUGGCUCUGCGGUAGGACCCAGAGGGUGGUGGUUGACGGGAGCCAAUCGUUGUGGUGCCCUGUGACCAGUGGGGUCCCACAAAGCUCUGUCCUAGGGCCUAUACUAUUUAACAUCUUCAUCAAUGAUGUGGACAUUGGUGUCAGAAGCAGACUGGCCAAGUUCGCUGACGACACCAAACUCUGGGUUAAAGCAUCCACACCUGAGGACAGGAGGGUGAUCCAGGCAGAUCUGGACAGGCUCAGGAAAUGGGCGGAUGAGAACCUGAUGGUGUUCAACACCGAAAAAAUGCAAGGUUCUCCACCUUGGGAGAAAAAGCCUGCAGCAUGCUUAUAGGCUCGGUAGUGCUAUGCUGGUUAGCACUACAGAUGAAAGGGACUUGGGGGUCAUGGUUGACCACAAGAUGAACACGAGCCUUCAGUGUGAUGCUGCAGCUAGUAAAGCGAGCAAAACACUGGCUUGCAUCCACAGAUGCUUCUCAAGCAAAUCCCGGGACGUCAUUCUUCUGCUGUACUCAGCCUUGGUGAGGCCACAGCUGGAGUACUGCGUCCAGUUUUGGGCUCCACAAUUCAAAAAGGAUGUGGAGAAGCUUGACAGGGUGCAGAGGAGAGCCACGUGCAUGAUCAGAGGUCAGGAAAACAGACCUUAUGAUGAGAGGCUGAGCGCCAUGGGGCUAUUCAGCCUGGAAAACUGCAGGCUUAGGAGUGAUCUGGUGACCACCUAUAAGUUUAAUCGGGGUGCUCAUCAGGAUCUGGGGGAACGUCUGUUUACCAGAGCCCCCCAAGGGAUGACAAGAUCGAACAGUCAAACUCCACUGUGACCAAUUCAGGCUGGACAUAAGAAAGAACUUCUUCACUGUCCAAGCCCCCAAGGCUUGGAAUAGUGGGUGCUUGAACUGCCUCCGGCGGCAGUCUAAGCACCCACUAUGAAACGCCUUCAAGACACAUUUGGAUUCUUAUCUUGCUGGGAUCCUAUGAUCCCUGCUGACUUCCUGCCCCUGGGGCAGGGGGCUGGACUCAAUAAUCCUCUGGGGUCCCUUCCAGCCCAAAUGUCUAUGAAAUUUAUGAGAAAUAGCAGGAACCAGCAACCUUCAAGCUGCAGGCUGGGAAUAGGGAGAAGUGGGAGCAGCAUGGAAGCAGAUUCCAGCUCCCUGGUCCUAGCACAGGAGCAGAGAGCUCCAAUUACGCUGCCAUUGCUUCUCCCAGCCCCCACUUUGGCUGCAACCAGAAGGGGCCUGCUCUACAACCAGGGACCUGGAAGUUGCUUCCAUACUGCUGCUACCACUUCUCCUUGCCCUUGGCACAGCUACUAACUAGAGGGGAGGGCAGAGAGAAGCAGCAGCAAUGUGAGUAUAGCUUCCAGCUCACCAGCCACAGCAGUUCUUCAUUGCUCAGCCCCAGUGUGGACAUGGAAAUAAUUGGCGCACUGUGAGCUGUACAUUACAGACUCCUGUAAAAGGAGUGACACAUGGGGAAAGUUAUGAGACGUGAUAUAAUAGCUACCCUAUACAAGAUGUUCAUCUGUGAGAAGGGAAGGGGGUUUUGUCCAGGGCUUGACAAUUCGGCAGCAGGGGAGGGGUGACAGUAUUAAAGUUCCACUGGUCUCCCACCACCAAAGUUUUCUGACCCAUGAGGAGCUCUCCAGGCUGGAUGCUAUGGCUCCAUGAGCACCCCUGACUUAACAUAAAGAGCCUUCUGUACACACUUUUUUAAAAAGAUGAUACUACAUCACCCAUUAGACCUUAAGGCAUUAAUACAAACAAGCCACCAGAUAUAAAAACAAGCCUCCUUGAACUAUACAUACUUUAAAAAAAAAAAAAAAAAAAGGCAGUACUCUAACUGUGUGUGUGUUAACUAGCCUUUCACUGAAAAAAGAGCAUUUUGAGACAACAAAUCUUGAUUCUCCCUGGAAUACACCAGCAUGAAGAUAAACUGUUACUUUCUUUAAA